AUGGAUUUUCAGUGGGACUCAUUAACGCCUUUCCAACCACUGGUGUCAAAGGACAGCCAGCUGUCGGUUGCCUUGUUACUGGUUUUAGCAGGGUUUUCCCUCACUGGGCUCUUUUCUAUUAAUAAGUCGAUAACUACUGCUCCUUUAUUGGCGCUUUUGGCUUCUCUAUCACUUGGGUUUGGAUCGGUGUUUCUUAUUUGUGCAGUAGGAGUUUACGUUUAA